AUUUGCAAUUUCUCUUUCAGGGCCCUCAAUGUAUGUAGCUGCUUUUCAUGACAAGAUAGACAGAUAAGUUGAAGAGCAAAGUGAGUCUAUUUGAAAAGGAUCAGAUUUCAUGCUAAAAGCAUUAGAUUUUCCAGUGCCUUUGUGUGGAUUCGGAUGAAUGCUUAAAGGGGACCACCAUUACUAAAAUUGCAGUCACAUCUCACCAGCCAUAUGGCAUCUGUCAGGCAUGGUGGAGUUGGCAGUUCCAGGGUGCCAACCAAUUUAAAGGGUUCAUCUAGUUCAGUUGAAUGCCUUGGAAGAGAGAUGCUGGGGAUGAGAUUAAGGGACAAGAAAUUGGACUUAGAUGAGGAAACAGACACUGAACCAGAUACAAUUGAUGGGUCAGGGGCUGAAGCUGGACAUGUAAUUGCAACCACAAUUGGUGGUCGUAAUGGUCAACCAAAACAGGCAGUAAGCUACAUAGCUGAACAUGUAGUUGGAACAGGAUCUUUUGGUGUAGUGUUUCAGGCAAAAUGUCGAGAAACUGGAGAAAUUGUAGCUAUCAAAAAGGUUCUACAGGACAAACGCUAUAAGAACCGGGAGUUGCAGAUUAUGCAGAUGUUGGACCAUCCAAAUAUUGUUGCACUUAAACAUUGCUUCUUUUCUACAACAAACCGUGAAGGGAUAUAUCUGAACCUGGUACUUGAGUUUGUCCCUGAGACUGUUAAUCGUAUCAUAAGGCAGUUCAACAAGAUGAACCAACACAUUCCCCUCAUAUUUGUGAAACUGUAUGUUUACCAGAUCUGCAGGUCUCUUGCUUACAUACAUAAUUGUGUCGGUAUAUGUCAUCGGGAUAUCAAGCCACAGAACUUACUUGUGAAUCCACAUACACAUCAGCUCAAACUCUGUGAUUUUGGUAGUGCAAAAGUACUGGUAAAAGGAGAACCGAAUAUCUCUUAUAUCUGCUCACGAUAUUAUCGUGCCCCCGAACUCAUCUUUGGUGCAACUGAGUACACAACUGCCAUAGAUUUGUGGUCUACUGGUUGUGUGAUGGCUGAGCUGCUUCUUGGGAAGCCACUGUUUCCUGGAGAAAGUGGAGUUGAUCAGUUGGUUGAGAUCAUCAAGGUUUUGGGAACACCAACCAGGGAAGAGAUAAAGUGCAUGAAUCCAAAUUACACUGAGUUUAAGUUUCCACAGAUAAAAGCUCAUCCAUGGCACAAGGUUUUCCUAAAGCGACUCCCGCCGGAAGCUAUGGAUUUGGUCUCAAGGUUUCUCCAGUACUCUCCCAAUCUCCGUUGCACAGCUUUGGAGGCCUGCAUUCAUCCCUUUUUUGAUGAGCUAAGGGACCCAAAUACUCGCCUCCCAAAUGGUCGUCCUCUUCCUCCACUUUUCAACUUCAAACCUCAAGAGCUUCUGGGCAUUCCGAGAGACAUUCUCGAACGGCUUAUUCCUGAGCAUGCGCGAAAGCAGAGCUUGUUCAUGGCUUUGCAUGUGUAGAUGUUUUAAGAGACCAAGACAGCUGUUGGAGCUUCUCCUACCUCAUCUGUUAAUACGGUGUUCCCUGGGGUAUGUAUUGUAAAGUUUCGAUUACCCUUCUUUUUCCAUAUAUCAUGCUUGCUUUUUUUCGGUUCUUGUGUUGUGAAACUUUGAGGUGAGAAAUGUUUUGAUGAUACUGUUGUCUGUUGUAGUGUUGUCUACAAAGUGAUCAAAGGUUCAAAUUCUAAUGUGUCUUCAGCAUUGCACUAGCUGGGUUUUCAA